AUGUCCAUGUACCGCACAAGAAGUACCCCAGACUGAAUGGUGGGAGCUUGCAAAACAGAAACACCAAGAAAGGAAGCACCCACUCUGCAGCUGUCCAGGGCAGCACAGCUUCCACAGAGCACAAACUGCCUCGCCUGCUCUGAGGACGGCAUGUACCUCAGUCUGGGUCACUCUCGGGGCUUGUCUGUGUGGUGUGCGUCUUCUAUCAGCCCUGUGGCAGAGUGGCUGCAGGACACCGUGGAAAUCACGAGUAUUCAAAUGACCAGAAUGGCUGAAACCAUUUAUCUCCUUGGUGCUAUUGAUGAUAUGGGUGUUGCCAGAGUCUUUGCAUACCACUCUGAAAGCAUUCAUCCCCUCAGUGUUAUUAACAUCAUGGAAAAUGUGAACAAAAGGAGCAUUUGUUUGACGUUUGAACUGUCUGAAGGGGGAGAUUACGGGGGCUGCUUCCUAUCAGGCAACGGUGAUGUUUGGCUUGGUUAUCACUUCCCUUCAGAAGAAUGGCUGAAGGAGUUAGAGAAGGAACAAUUUCAAACACAGGUAUUGAUCAAAAACUCAACUGAACAUGUCGAUGUAAAGUGGUCUCCAGUUGCAGUCAAUACAAUCAAGCAACCCAAAACUCCAGCAGGGCGGACAGUGCAGGAUCCUGAUAAGGUUUUGAAUAAGGCUGACUUUUUCAUGCACUGCUUGUCUAUGGACAAACAAACCAGCUGUACUGAUCAACAGGAGGGACGACCUUUCAGUGUGGAACAAGGACAAACAAAGAAAACAAAUGACAGCCACAGAUGUUGCACUCACCACUUUCUCCUUCCCUCUGGUCAGCUUCCUGCAACGGGAUUGCCUGUUGCUGUCUGUGUGUGGUGGAGUGGUAGCCAUAAUCUUCUUCAGUAUUCUCUGCAGAAAGCUCCAAAGAAAAAAUCAGAUGCUGAACUUAUGCCAGAUAUGUUGUGGCCUAAUGCAAAGGAAAUCCUCUGCUCUGCUGUCAGUAAAUGCACCCGUUACAUAGCUGUGGGGCUGGAUGGUGCCAUGGUGUGUGUCUGGGACAGGCAGUCUGGGUCUCCAUUAGACAUUGUCUUAGUUUCAGCAGCAGACAGUUCCUUCUCCAGAGGACAGUUUGUAGAUCAUGAGCCUGAAUCUGCUGAUGAUUCCUCGUCAGUUAUAGAAGAAAAGGUUCAUCUUUUGUUGUCUUGUAAAAGUGGAGCAGUUCAUAAAGUCACAACAGGAAGAGGGACACAAUCCUGCACAGUUCAUCUCACUGAAGGGCCAAUAGACAGCAGGGACCUACCGACCGUCAUUGCAUCAGUGCCGUUCCUGCAGAGUUUGAUUCUCAUGGUGCAAAGAAAUGGAAAAAUAUACCUCCAAGAUGUCAUCAACCAAACUACUGUGUGCUUCCUGGUUCCUCCUGCGCCUCAUCUGAUUGCUUCUCCCUGCAACCCUGUUUAUGCUCUGAGCGCCAGACAGCAAACUCUGUUCAUACAAGGCGACCCAGAGCCCAGCUGCAGUGCUCCCUGGGAGGGAAGCCAGAGUCAGCUUUUCACCUUCCACUUUCAAGAGUCUGACGUCACAAAGAAGUAUUUUGUUGCACGCCCAGAUUCACCUCAACAAACUGUGAGCUGUGUUGACCUGCAAGAAAGCUGCAGUCUCUACCUUGAGCAAAGAGCGCUGUCUGUGGAUGGAAUGAACACAUCUGUAACUGAAACUUGGAAGAGGCUUCAGGAGACUGCAGCGUUGAUACAGCAGCAACACAGCAGAGCUGCAGUCAGCUAGAUAACUGCAGCAAAUUAUUUCUUUUUUUUACAGAGGUAAUCGUUUUGAAGUGUGCCUGUGUAUAUGUUUUGUUUAUGUUGCUGUAUGUGUCUGCCUUCAUGGUUACAUAGAUGAAACUUCUCACAUGUGAAAUUGGUGGGAUUAGGCGGACAGACAGGACUGUCUAAAUUCAUCCUAAUCCACUAUGAUCAAGUUACAGCGGUAAGGAAAAACGUCCUUUUUAACAUGCAGAAACCUUGAGCAGAAUCAGACUCAUGUUAGACAGCCAUCUGCCUCAACUGUGGGGAUUGAAAAGAGGGAGAUGCAGAAGAAAGGUAGAUGGAUAGUCUUCACACAUUAAUCAUUCCUGUGGCAAUAAAUGCAUAGAUAUAUGAAGUGUUGAAAAUAAAAAAUAUGCCACAGGGCUGCUUGGAUGAA